AUGUCGUCCUCCAAAGUUAACCAUACCUCACAAUCGAUUCUCAACCCUAAAACGACAGAGUAUGAAUUCCUCGGUCCAAUUGGGGCUUUUCUUAUGAUCACUGUUCUUCCCACCCUGGUUUAUGUUCUGAACGUGAGCUGUACAUUUGAUGGAUGUCCUCCAUAUUACUAUAUUGAACCAUAUUUUAAGGCCCCGUUAAGUUUCUUGUAUCAUUAUUCUCCCUGGUAUCUUGUGUCCUUAUUCGAUGCAGCAGCUUUUGUUGCAUACAUAUGUUUUCUCAUCUAUCUGUACUUAACAUGGCUUUACCUACCUGGAGAAUGGGUUGAAGGAACAGUGCUUCGUAAUGGAAAGAGACUCAAAUACAAGCAGAAUGGAUUUGAUACUCUGCUGCUCACAUUGUUCGUUAUUGCCGCUACAUUAAUAGUGAUAGGAACCGGACCAUUUUUAUUCGUCUUUGAUCACUACAUUGGGCUUAUAACAGCUUCGACAAUAGUAUCAUUUGCCGCUUCAAUAUAUGUAUAUUUAGAUUCCUUCGAGGGAGAUAAACUGCUAGCAUUGGGUGGCAAUACUGGAAACGUUAUUUACGAUUUUAUGAUAGGGCGAGAGUUGAACCCUCGCAUUGGUGAUUUUGACAUCAAAUACUUGGUAGAAUUGAGACCAGGCCUUAUUGGAUGGAUGAUUAUCGAUGUUUCUAUGGCUAUAUGUCAGUACGUCGAACUCGGUGAAAUCACUUUCGCGUUGUUUCUCGUUGUUGUCUUCCAAAUCUGGUAUGUCGUCGAUGCUUUGUAUAUGGAGUCAUCUGUACUUACAACAAUUGAUAUAACAACUGAUGGAUUUGGGUGGAUGCUUUGCUUUGGAAACUUGACCUGGUUGCCGUUUACUUAUAGUAUCCAAGCAAGAUAUCUUGUUUUGUCCCCCAUUGGAUUAAGUUGGUUUAGUAUAUUCAUCAUAAUGAUCCUGAAAGCUGUUGGAUAUGUGAUAUUCAGGGAAGCCAACACUGAGAAGAAUAUUUUCAGGAAUGAUCCGAAUGAUCCUCGAGUUAGACACCUAAAGUACAUUACUACUAAACAGGGGUCUAGGCUACUGGUAUCUGGUUGGUGGGGUGUAGCAAGACAUAUCAAUUAUUUUGGUGAUUGGUUGAUGGCAUGGUCUUGGUGUCUUCCAUGCGGUUUUGAUGAUAUCUUUCCAUACUUUUAUGUUGUCUAUUUUGCUGUGCUACUAGUACAUCGCGAAAUUCGCGAUGAAACCAAGUGCAAGAAUAAGUAUAAAAAGGAUUGGGAUCGAUACUGUGAAAUCGUCAAGUGGAGAAUUAUUCCUGGUGUCUACUGA